AGAGGCAAUGGGGUGGUGGCGUCUGGGUUUAAAGUAAGAUGCGUGGGGACGGAAUUCGCCUAUAAAUACCGAGUACCCCCAGAAGGUAGGUCUUCCUUUCUAUCUAGGAGGCCCGAUUAUUACUCAUUUAGGGUUUUAGGUAGUCGGAGUGUCUGUGCGGAAGAUCAACCACGAGGCUUUGUAGGUUAACGGAAGAGAAGAUCCUAACAAGAGAAGAAUUUGAAAUUCUCUGCAACUACACGCUGUUACUCACGCACCUAUCUUUAGAAUCAUUAUGGAUCAGCCCAACCAAGGAGGCGAUGCAGAUGCGCAAUUUCUUGGUAAAGCGAUCUCAUUAACGUAUCCUUUUUUCUUUUUUUUUUUGUUCUAAUUAUAGUUUUAUUUAAAGUCUUCAAUUUCUCUCUUAUUCUUGUGUUCUUAUUCGAUUAAAUAGGUCAAGAUGGGGAAAAUAUUUUUGAAAGGCGUAAGUAUUUAUUGUCAAUAUUAUUAACCAUGUAUAGUUUUAUAGAAAAAGUACUUUUUUAUUUGAUUGUUUGCAGUUGAACCCCUGUUAGAGUUAGAUGACGGCCUAGAUUCAAAUUGGGAUGAAGGAGGAAUGGUACAUCAUGCUGCUACAACAGCUGGAAUUCAGCCAUUGAUCCAGGAACAAUUGGAUCAAGCUGCAGAAAAAGAACUGAAGCUUCAGAGGAAAAGAGCAACUGAUCGAAAACACCGCCAAAAGAAAAAGGAUGAGGAACAGGAACUUAAGAAUAAAUGUCAGGAACUUGAGAAUGCAAAUCAGGUAAUGGAUCAGCUACUGAAGACAUAUGCAGCUCAAAUGGAGGAUAAAUUGCAGAAGGAGCAACAGUACCUGAAGAAAAUUGCCAAAGUUGAGGCUGAAAAAGAACUUGCGGAGAAAAAAUGGACUGAAAAAAAGAGUCAGCUGCGUCAAAAAGUGAAGGCCAUGAAGAAAAAAUAUAAAAACUUGAGAAAACUAUGCAUUGAGAAACCAAAGAAGAAACCUAAGAAACAGGUCAUGAUGGCAGAAACUUCAGAAGACACUAAAAACGAUAAUUGAAUGUCUAGGUUGCCUGAUUUGGUUGGGCUAUCAUUACCUUGAGGUUUCCAAUUUUAUUGGUUACGAAGAGACAUUCAGCUUGAGAAUCAUCUGAGAGUUGUGAUUGAGUUCGAUGUUUAGACUACGUGGUUUUCUGGAUAUGAUUUCAACUCUGUGGGUUUUUAUUGUAUUGAGUAGUGGUUGAGUUCGAUAUUUAGAUUGCUGCAUGUGGUUUCAAACUCUCCGUGGAUUGUUAUUUUAAUAAUCUUGAACUUUGUGAUAGAUGGUGGUGCUAUGAUUUUAAGGAUAUUGGGAAACUUAUAAGUAUUGAACAUUUUUAUGUUGUUAUUUCAAGUGUUUUGUGCAAUUGUCUCAGUCGUUAAUGCUGUGCUAGCAUUCUCAUUUUCAUGUUCCCCAUCUAUUAAAUAGAUUACCACAACAGUCCCUUACCACAACACCAUAACCCCCCCAAUAAAGUCCGGCGAUAUACAUUAAUCUUAACAUAACCCAUGUUUGGUUUACACCAUUUUUCUCAUUAUUUUGCCCUUUUGUAGAAAUCAGAAUCUUCUUGAUAUUCUUCCUUUCCCACUUAAUUCGUCAUCCCCAGAAAAAUCAAGUUUCUUUUCUUAA